AUGUCUGCUUCAGAUAGCGCCCAACUGGGCCUCAACAUUCUAUGUAUCGAUGGUGGCGGAGUACGAGGCCUGUCAGCUCUUGUCUUGCUGCAAGAGAUCAUGCACAGGAUACAACAUCUCGAGGGUCUUCAGUCUCCACCAGAGCCACACAAAUACUUCGACCUCAUUGCUGGCAGUGGCACAGGCGCUAUUCAGGCAUGCAUGCUCGGAAGGAUGUGCAUGUCAGUCAAGUCAGCCAUUGAGUCGUACGAGAGCUUCACAAAAGAGGUGUAUUCCGACAAGAAGUGGAUGGGGUCUGAGUCGUUCAAGGCGACCACACUCAAGGAAUCGCUCAGAAAGCUUGUACAGCGGGCGACAGGUAAUCCAGACCAGCCAAUGCAGGAGGCGAUAGUCAGCAGCGGAUGCAAAACUCUGGUGUUUGCCAUGUCAAACCACACCGUCAGAAGCAACACCCCUAUCGCCUUCAGGUCCUAUCCUGUCAGCGCUCUCCAGGGCCCGCAAUGCUCAAUCUGGGAGACGCUGUGUGCUACAAUGGCAUACCCAGGACUAUUCAAGCCGUUCGAGAUCGAUGGACCACCAAAGUGGUCAUUCACUGGCGCUGAUCUGAGCUGCAGUAAUCCCCUUGGCCAUGUACUGACCGAAGUGAAGACCCUGUACAAAGACCGACAUGUGGCAUCGAUCGUUAGUGUUGGUACCGGACAUGUGGACACAAUACAAGACACAAAUGCAUGGAGAGUGCCCUGGUCACCACCGACGGCUGCGCUCGUGGCGAUGAGAAGUAUUGCGGCUAACAACGAAAGGGUAGCGGAGGAGAUGGCGAAGCGCUUCAGCUCGGUAGAGAACGUAUACUUUCGACUGAGUGUCGACCAAGGAACACAGGGCGUGGGUAUGGUCAAGUGGGAGCAGCUAAACGAAGUAGCAGAACAUACACAAGCAUACAUGAGGUUGAGUGAAAUCGAUCAGAGGAUCGAUCAAGUGACAAAGGCGGUCCGUGCAAAGGGUAAUAGAGUGGGGACUGUGCACAUCGAUGGAGGAGUUCCGAUCAUAAAAGCACCGAAACUUACAAUAGACGGGACCUGUCCUGCGCCGACUGCUAACUAUACGGGGUGUGAAACAAAGAUUCUGUCGAUCAAGUCAUGCGUUCUUAGCCGUGACUCCGUAGAGCGCAGCGUGUGCAUAGUGCAUGGGCUUGGUGGCGCAGGAAAGACGCAGCUUGUACUCAAGGUGAUCGAGAGAACGCGUGAAGAAUGGGAUGAUGUGAUCUACAUCGACGCCAGCACUCGCGACUCGAUCGAAGCCAACUUGCAAGGCGUUUCGACAACCAGAAAAGUAGGAGAUACGCAUAUACAUACGCUUCGAUGGCUGGAGUCACGCCAUGACCGGUGGCUGCUCGUAUUUGACAACGCAGACGAUCCAACCCUUCGACUUCGCGACUACUUUCCUGGAGGCAGUCAUGGUAGUAUCAUCGUCACCACUCGACUGUACGGUAUGACUGUGCUCGCACAUGGAGUUGAUUCAAAGUGUCACGUGUUAAGUAUGGACCCGGAUGAUGCACUCCUAUUGCUGUUGAGAUCGGCGCAAAAGCAAGAACAAGAGCUAUCAAUUGCGGAGACUGAAAGCGCCAAGGCGCUACUCGAGGAUAUCGGCAACCUUGCACUUGCCAUCGUACAUGCCGGAUCGUUCAUCGGACAGACACCUCACAUGACGUUCAUCAAGUACCGAGCCUUGCUAGCACAGAAACAACGUCAGACUCUCGAAGCGUACAAUAAUCUUCCACUGGCAGUUAAAACCGACAGCUAUGAACAGACUGUCUACACAGUGUGGCGAAUGUGCUAUGAACGGCUGGGAUCAAAGGCUCAAGAGUUACUAUGGCUAAUGGCAUAUAUGCACCACUCUGGUAUCGACUUAGACAUCUUUCGACGAGCAUCCUCUAACCUCGCAUCUCGCAAACCCACGAUUCCGACAACACAGGUCGAGGAUGCGUCACGAGAACUGAUCGAGAGGUUCCUGAGUUAUUUCAUGAAUGAAAGUGGAUCCUGGGACGAGCUUGCGUUCACGCAGGUGGUGAACGAGAUAUCAUCUCAUUCACUCCUUGGAUUUGACCAGACGAGCGGGACCUAUCGAAUGCAUGUACUUGUGCAGGACUGGGCUUGCACAGUCAUACACCCCGAAGAUAGACCGGUAGCUGAGUGUACUCGGGCGCUGCUUUCGCUAUCUAUUCCGUAUGAUCAUGGCCUGGAGUCGAUCGAAUUCAGACGAAGUUUAGGGCUACAUGUGAACAAAUUGCAAUCAAGUGGAACGGACGGAGCUGGAGUAAGUCAUAGCAGGGCGUUCGCUGAAGUAUAUAGAGAAAGGGGGCAAUGGGGUAAAGCGGAGCAACUGCAAAAGCAACUACGUGAGAGGAGUAAGCAGGUGCUUGGCGACAGGCAUCCCGACACACUGAAAAGCAUGAACAACCUUGCGAUCACUUACCGAGACCUCGGACGACUGGAGGAGGCGCGAGCGCUGCAGGUCGAGGUGCUAGAUGCAACGAAGCAAGUGCUCGGCGACAGGCAUCCCGACACACUGGGAAGCAUGAACAACCUUGCUCUCACUUACCGAGACCUCGGACGACUGGAGGAGGCGCGAGCGCUGCAGGUCGAGGUGCUAGAUGCAAGGAAGCAAGUGCUCGGCGACAGGCAUCCCGACACACUGACAAGCAUGAGCAACCUUGCUCUCACUUACGGAGACCUCGGACGACUGGAGGAGGCGCGAGCGCUGCAGGUCGAGGAGCUAGAUGCAACGAAGCAAGUGCUCGGCGACAGGCAUCCCGACACACUGACAAGCAUGAGCAACCUUGCUCUCACUUACGGAGACCACGGACGACUGGAGGAGGCGCGAGCGCUGCAGGUCGAGGUGCUAGAUGCAAGGAAGCAAGUGCUCGGCGACAGGCAUCCCGACACACUGACAAGCAUGAACAACCUUGCGGGCACUUACCGAGACCUCGGACGACUGGAGGAGGCGCGAGCGCUGCAGGUCGAGGUGCUAGAUGCAUACAAGCAAGUGCUCGGCGACAGGCAUCCCGACACACUGGGAAGCAUGAACAACCUUGCUCUCACUUACCGAGACCUCGGACGACUGGAGGAGGCGCGAGCGCUGCAGGUCGAGGUGCUAGAUGCAAGGAAGCAAGUGCUCGGCGACAGGCAUCCCGACACACUGACAAGCAUGAACAACCUUGCGGGCACUUACCGAGACCUCGGACGACUGGAGGAGGCGCGAGCGCUGCAGGUCGAGGUGCUAGAUGCAAGGAAGCAAGUGCUCGGCGACAGGCAUCCCGACACACUGGGAAGCAUGAACAACCUUGCUCUCACUUACCGAGACCUCGGACGACUGGAGGAGGCGCGAGCGCUGCAGGUCGAGGAGCUAGAUGCAACGAAGCAAGUGCUCGGCGACAGGCAUCCCGACACACUGGGAAGCAUGAACAACCUUGCUCUCACUUACGGAGACCUCGGACGACUGGAGGAGGCGCGAGCGCUGCAGGUCGAGGUGCUAGAUGCAAGGAAGCAAGUGCUCGGCGACAGGCAUCCCGACACACUGACAAGCAUGAGCAACCUUGCUCUCACUUACGGAGACCACGGACGACUGGAGGAGGCGCGAGCGCUGCAGGUCGAGGUGCUAGAUGCAAGGAAGCAAGUGCUCGGCGACAGGCAUCCCGACACACUGGGAAGCAUGAACAACCUUGCUCUCACUUACCGAGACCUCGGACGACUGGAGGAGGCGCGAGCGCUGCAGGUCGAGGUGCUAGAUGCAAGGAAGCAAGUGCUCGGCGACAGGCAUCCCGACACACUGAGAAGCAUGAACAACCUUGCUCUCACUUACCGAGACCUCGGACGACUGGAGGAGGCGCGAGCGCUGCAGGUCGAGGUGCUAGAUGCAUACAAGCAAGUGCUCGGCGACAAGCAUCCCCACACACUGAACAGCAUGAACAACCUAGCUCACACUUAUCUACGCCUUUCCCGACUACACGAUGCACAGGCACUCUUUAUCAAAGCCUUCGAAGGGCGCGAGGAUACACUAGGUGUUCACCAUCGCGAUACCCUCUCCACCAUGUCCAGCCUUGCUAGCACAUACCUCGAUCUUGGGCUCUGGGAAGACGCCGAAAAGCUGCACAUGAACACAGACAUCUACUCCCAAACGUUUGGCGAAGAUCACAACGGGACUAAGUUCGCAUACGAACAGAUCGAGAGGAUUCGGACUUGUCGGGAACAGCAUGUAGGGAGCUCAAGCCUGCAGUGA